AGUCGCGCUGCGUGACGUCAUCAGCGCGCACCGAGAACGCCAGCCCAAGCGACGUUCUCACCCUUGGCCGGGCAGUGAUUCAGUGCGCUCCUGCUUAGGCUGCAACAGCUUCUGGACCAGAGAGGGCACCUCAGCAGUUAAUCCGAAUCUCCUUUUUGGGUUUGUAUCCGCACAACUGUACACUGAUGGAAGAUUGGAGUUGUCCACAUCAUGGCACAUGCUGAAGCUGUGACUGAUCUCCGUUAUACUGAAUUCUUCUCCCUCUGAUAAAAUGCCUGUGAAGAAAAAGAGAAAAUCCUCCGCCUCUGAAGAAAUGAACCUGAAAAAAUGUAGAAUAUCUAGUUAUUGCAGAUCACAAGCACCAAGUAAAAUUAUAAAUGGGGAGGACCUGUUCUCUAGCAAAAAGUGCCUGGCCUGGUUUUAUGAAUAUGCAGGUCCUGAUGAAAUUGUUGGGCCUGAAGCGAUGGAAAAAUUCUGUGAAGAUAUUGGUGUUGAACCAGAAAAUAUAAUUAUGUUGGUUCUAGCCUGGAAAUUAGAGGCAGAAAAUAUGGGCUUUUUUACCAAGGAGGAAUGGCUUAAAGGAAUGACCUCUUUACAAUCUGACUGUACAGAGAAGCUGCAGAAUAAAUUUGAUUUCCUACGCGCUCAACUGAAUGAUAUCACAGCUUUUAAGAAUAUUUACAGAUACGCAUUUGAUUUUGCAAGGGACAAGGACCAGCGAAGUCUGGAUAUCGACACUGCAAAGUCCAUGUUGGCUCUCUUGUUAGGAAGGACGUGGCCGCUCUUCUCCGUGUUCUAUCAGUAUUUGGAGCAAUCAAAGUACAGAGUCAUGAACAAAGACCAGUGGUACAAUGUGUUAGAAUUCAGCAGGACUGUGCAUGCAGAUCUUAGCAACUAUGAUGAAGAUGGCGCAUGGCCCGUUCUCCUUGAUGAAUUUGUUGAGUGGCAAAAGGUCCGUCAGUCAUUAUAGCGAUGAUCUUUCACAGGGAAAUUGCGACAAUGCCCUCCAGGUCAUUAAAAUGAGAAGUUUUUGAAGAAAGCUCUUCCAUCCUUGCCAAAGGCGUCUCCUUUUUUUUUUUUUCCUCCUCCCUUUCUUUUCCUUUAUUUUUAAGGAACUGAUGUUUUUGUCGUUACGCGCAAUAUUGCCAGUUACAUACGUCGGACUGAACAGCGGAGUCGCCCUUUGGAUAAAAACUGAUGACGUUUACACAUGAAGAGUACAAAGGAAUGGUUUAGAACUGUGGCUUAUUUAAUGAAGAUAUUGUUUAUUUUAGGUGUUUAUGAAAAGAAAUAGAAAUGAUCAGUUUGUUCCAGUACUUUAAGCCAGUGCUUUUCACGCUUGACCAGUUCAAAGUCUUUACUGUUUUUUGUUUUUGUUUUUUUCAGGGAAGCGAUCUGUCUUUAAUUUAAUAUUAACCCUAAUGUGCUACACAAAGAAUCUUAGAUUCUCGUGUUGUGUCAAAAUAAAGAGAAAAAAACGUUGCACCAAAUCUAGUACCGACAGCAACAAAUCAGAUGCUAGUGACCGCUACCUCCAGAUUGGUUGCUAUGGACUACUAGACCUGGGGCAAGCUAGACCUUGAAGUUAGAUUUCAGCUGCACAUGACUGAAAUGAGACAUAUUUGACUUUUUUUGGUUUUCUUUCUUGAUGUUCGAAUAGUUCCAUCGCGUCCUCUGCGCAUGUACAAGCGGAUCUUAUCCAGCGCUACAGGGAAAGUGCAUGCGGGGCACCUCCCGCCAGUGAUGGGAGUUCAGGUCCGUGCAUAGAAUUUGUAACAACAUGGGUCAUUUUUGUACAUUCGCUUUGGGCUUGCAAAGAGGAAAAAAAAAAAACACACACACACACACACAAAGAUCUUUUUGAUAUCCAGCAUUUCUAGCUCUUUAUUUAUGAUGGUAUUUUCUGGUCAGCACCAUUUUUCUGAUUGUUUUUAUCCACGUGGUUUUUUUUUUUUUUUUUUUUUUUAUUUCACUUCCAAUUAAAAAAAAAAUGUAUAUAUUAUGAUAUUGUUUCCCCAAAACCCAACCCAUUUUGGAAGGCCAACCAUAACCCCCGCCUUUUUUUUUUAUUAUUAUUAUUUUCACCAAAAAUAACUUGUUUCAGAGAACGGGAGAAUGAAACCCCUGCUUUGCUGCCACGUGAGAGCCGUUUGCCACGUGAGAUCUUCUCGUAUUUAUGUACUUAAACGUUAAAAAACAAAACAAAAGCAUGUCUUUGAGCCUCCUGUGAAGUAGGAAAAGACAUAGAUCUUUCAUUACAGCAGUAUUCCUCCCGUAACCAGAAAAAGGCUUCACAAACCCCAAACACCCUCCGCACUUUUCGUUUUCCGAUACCAACAGACAUUUGGUAUUAAAGCUGCGAGUAUAGAUGUGUUUACUACAUCUGAAUAAAGGAUUAAUUAUCUGUG